AUGUUAAAAAUUUAAAGAUCAAAAAGUUGUGAUGCUAUUCUAAUAGCUUUAAAGAAUCUUGAUAAAGGAGACAAUUAAUCAUAAUAAUCUUUUAGAGCAUAUGAUAACUCAACAGUUUUAGAUUUAAUUGUUCACAUUCAAAAAAAUUAACACACUGAAAAAGAUAUUAAAUUAUUCUUUGAGCAAAAUAUUUAAUUUACAGGAGAUUUAAAUUAAUAUGUAAUAGACAUAAUAAAGAGAACUAAAAAUAGAAACAUAGGGUAUAGAAUAAUUGAUUAGCAAAUAUAAUCAAAAUCUGAGUUUAUAAAAAUUAAUGAAUAUGCUUAAUCAGAAAUUUAUCCUGAAAAAAGGAUCAUGGCUACUUAAAUUCCAAUUACAGAAUAUUAUAAUGCAGAUAUAAAUAAUAAUCAUAUUUAAAAUUAAGUGUCUAAAUUUUAAUUAAAAAAUAAAGAAAAUUUAUGUGAUUAACGUGAAGAAAGAUAAUAAAUAAUAGAUAAUAUUGAAUAAUUUAAAUAAAUAUAACCAAAAGUUUCCUAAUAAUACCAAUAAUUUUCAUAAUUAGUAAAUAAUGUUGAAUAAAAAUCAGAAUAGGUUUCAAAUGAAUCAUCUUAGUAAAGCAAUAAUAAUAAAUAAAGCAUGUACAUACUUAGUAUUAAUUUAGGUCUUAAAAUUUUAAGUAACUUGAAAUGGAAAAUUAAAAAUUAAAAGAGGAAUACAAAAAGUUAUAAAAUAUGUAUCAAAAUUUGUAGGAAGAAAACAAAAAACUUAAAGAUGAAAAUUAAAUUUUAAAAAAUAUUCAGAAUAAUGUAGAAGUAAAAUAAAUUUCUCCCGUUUCUGAAAGAAUUGUAGAAAAUAGAUUAUCUGAAACUUCAUACUUCACUAAUAAAUGCAACCAUCAAAUAAAGGAGUAAUAAUUGGAAUAAAUUUUGGCUAAGGCAUUAUUCAGUAAAUAAAAAGCAAAAUGUCCUUAAUGCAGCAAAAAUAUUAGCAAUAAUUUAUGCCAGUAAAUAUUAAUUUUUGGACGAUAAUAUCUUGACAUGAAGAAUUAGAUGGAUUUAUAAGUUUUAAGUGAAAAUAUACAAUUAAAAUUAAAAUCUCAUAAAGAUUUAUAAUUGGUUCAUUGUUCAAAUAAACGAUGUAAUUUUAUUUGUAUUUGGUAAUAAAAUUAAGCAUUAUAAAAAUAACAAGGAUAUUGUCCUGUUUGUUUAUAACAUAGUAUAAGUAAUCCAUAAUAUAAAAGUUAUAACUAUUCUCACCUAAUUGCUAACAAAGGAACUAAAUGA